AUGAAAACCAUAGCUGGUGAAAAAGAAUCAAUAGUGAGAAAUGCUGUUGGAAAAACUGAAUUAUCUUCCAAUUCACAGGAUUCAAGCUCAAGCUCCGAUUCAUAUGAGUACCUUAAAUUUGCGCCCAUGAUGGCAACAGGGGAUCCAAGAAAAGAGGGACACUCCAGAGUCCGUCGUCAAAUUCUUUGUCCUGGCUGUGUAGAAUACGGCGGUGGUUAUCCAGGACAAGGUGGGCCUGGUGGUUAUGGCAGUGCUGGUGGUUACCCAGGACAAAAUGGUCUUGGUGGCUACGGUGGUUAUCCAGGACAGGGUGGUCCUGCCGGCCUCGGUGGAUAUCCAGGACAAGGUGGUCCUGCCGGCCUCGGUGGUUAUCCAGGACAAGGUGGUCCUGCCGGCCUCGGUGGAUAUCCAGGACAAGGUGGUCCUGCCGGCCUCGGUGGAUAUCCAGGACAAGGUGGUCCUGCCGGCCUCGGUGGAUAUCCAGGACAAGGUGGUCCUGCCGGCCUCGGUGGAUAUCCAGGACAAGGUGGUCCUGCCGGCCUCGGUGGUUAUCCAGGACAAGGUGGUUCUGCCGGCCUCGGUGGUUAUCCAGGACAAGGUGGUCCUGCCGGCUACGGUGGAUAUCCAGGACAAGGUGGUCCUGCCGGCCUCGGUGGAUAUCCAGGACAAGGUGGUCCUGCCGGCCUCGGUGGAUAUCCAGGACAAGGUGGUCCUGCUGGCCUCGGUGGAUAUCCAGGACAAGGUGGUCCUGCCGGCCUCGGUGGAUAUCCAGGACAAGGUGGUCCUGCCGGUCUCGGUGGAUAUCCAGGACAAGGUGGUCCUGCCGGCCUCGGUGGUUAUCCAGGACAAGGUGGUCCUGCCGGUCUCGGUGGUUAUCCAGGACAAGGUGGUCCUGCCGGCCUCGGUGGUUAUCCAGGACAAGGUGGUCCUGCCGGUCUCGGUGGUUAUCCAGGACAAGGUGGUCCUGCCGGCCUCGGUGGUUAUCCAGGACAAGGUGGUCCUGCCGGCUACGGUGGUUAUCCAGGACAAGGUGGUCCUGCCGGCCUCGGUGGCUAUCCAGGACAAGGUGGUCCUGCCGGCCUCGGUGGUUAUCCAGGACAAGGUGGUCCUGCCGGCCUCGGUGGUUAUCCAGGACAAGGUGGUCCUGCCGGCCUCGGUGGUUAUCCAGGACAAGGUGUUCCUGGUGCCUACGGUGGUUAUCCAGGACAAGGUGGUCCUGCCGGCCUCGGUGGUUAUCCAGGACAAGGUGGUCCUGCCGGUCUCGGUGGUUAUCCAGGACAAGGUGGUCCUGCCGGCCUCGGUGGUUAUCCAGGACAAGGUGGUCCUGCCGGCCUCGGUGGUUAUCCAGGACAAGGUGGUCCUGCCGGCCUCGGUGGUUAUCCAGGACAAGGUGGUCCUGCCGGUCUCGGUGGAUAUCCAGGACAAGGUGGUCCUGCCGGCCUCGGUGGUUAUCCAGGACAAGGUGGUCCUGCCGGCCUCGGUGGUUAUCCAGGACAAGGUGGUCCUGCCGGUCUCGGUGGUUAUCCAGGACAAGGUGGUCCUGCCGGCCUCGGUGGUUAUCCAGGACAAGGUGGUCCUGCCGGCCUCGGUGGUUAUCCAGGACAAGGUGGUCCUGCCGGCCUCGGUGGAUAUCCAGGACAAGGUGGUCCUGCCGGCCUCGGUGGAUAUCCAGGACAAGGUGGUCCUGCCGGCCUCGGUGGAUAUCCAGGACAAGGUGGUCCUGCCGGCCUCGGUGGAUAUCCAGGACAAGGUGGUCCUGCCGGCCUCGGUGGUUAUCCAGGACAAGGUGGUUCUGCCGGCCUCGGUGGUUAUCCAGGACAAGGUGGUCCUGCCGGCUACGGUGGAUAUCCAGGACAAGGUGGUCCUGCCGGCCUCGGUGGAUAUCCAGGACAAGGUGGUCCUGCCGGCCUCGGUGGAUAUCCAGGACAAGGUGGUCCUGCUGGCCUCGGUGGAUAUCCAGGACAAGGUGGUCCUGCCGGCCUCGGUGGAUAUCCAGGACAAGGUGGUCCUGCCGGUCUCGGUGGAUAUCCAGGACAAGGUGGUCCUGCCGGCCUCGGUGGUUAUCCAGGACAAGGUGGUCCUGCCGGUCUCGGUGGUUAUCCAGGACAAGGUGGUCCUGCCGGCCUCGGUGGUUAUCCAGGACAAGGUGGUCCUGCCGGUCUCGGUGGUUAUCCAGGACAAGGUGGUCCUGCCGGCCUCGGUGGUUAUCCAGGACAAGGUGGUCCUGCCGGCUACGGUGGUUAUCCAGGACCAGGUGGUCCUGCCGGCUACGGUGGUUAUCCAGGACAAGGUGGUCCUGCCGGCCUCGGUGGCUAUCCAGGACAAGGUGGUCCUGCCGGCCUCGGUGGUUAUCCAGGACAAGGUGGUCCUGCCGGCCUCGGUGGUUAUCCAGGACAAGGUGGUCCUGCCGGCCUCGGUGGUUAUCCAGGACAAGGUGUUCCUGGUGCCUACGGUGGUUAUCCAGGACAAGGUGGUCCUGCCGGCCUCGGUGGUUAUCCAGGACAAGGUGGUCCUGCCGGUCUCGGUGGUUAUCCAGGACAAGGUGGUCCUGCCGGCCUCGGUGGUUAUCCAGGACAAGGUGGUCCUGCCGGCCUCGGUGGUUAUCCAGGACAAGGUGGUCCUGCCGGCCUCGGUGGUUAUCCAGGACAAGGUGGUCCUGCCGGUCUCGGUGGUUAUCCAGGACAAGGUGGUCCUGCCGGCCUCGGUGGUUAUCCAGGACAAGGUGGUCCUGGCGGCCUCGGUGGUUAUCCAGGACAAGGUGGUCCUGCCGGCCUCGGUGGUUAUCCAGGACAAGGUGGUCCUGCCGGUUACGGUGGUUAUCCAGGACAAGGUGGUCCUGGUGGCUACGCUUGUGGUUAUCCAGACCCUGCCGCCGACGGUUACCAAUUCCGGAGGCCCGCACCCGGCGAUCCAAUCAGGUUGCAGCCGAUGAUGGCAUCGGAGGACGCAAGUAAAGAAGAACACUCCAGAAUCCGCCGUCAGUUUGGUGGCCAGGGCGGUUUUGGUGGCCAAGGUGGUUUUGGUGGCCAAGGUGGAGGUGGUGGAUAUGGAGGCCCUGGUGGUUAUGGAGGCUAUGCUGCUGCUUGCGGCGGUUACCAAGAAAUGGACGCUGAGUGUGAGGUUGGGAGCGCUGGUGGUAGUAGUCCUGAAGGAACUGAGGGUUACCCUAGAGGUUUAUACCAUGAGGCCUUCAGAAGUCAAGAAUCGCCAUGUGGGAAUGUUUUAAGUCAGAAACGCUCAUGGCGGGAAGUUGGUCUUAGCAGCUUUCCAGAACCCCGAUGCCUUCAAGGACACCAGCAGGUGCUUCCAGCCGCGCUCCCCAAGGACACCCCUUCCACUAUGUUCCCGCCAAUGAUGGCAUCAAGGGGGAUAGAUGCAGGAGAAGGCGGUGAAAAAACUGGUGGUGAUCGACCCUUUCCCAUACCUACACACUCGAGAGUCCGCCGUUUCGAUGGUGGUUAUGGAGGCUAUGGUCCUGCUGGAGCUGGCGGUUAUGCGUGUAACGGGGGUGCUUUUGGCGGUGGAUGUGGUGGAGGUUACGCGUGCCGCGGCCGCGCCUGCACCGGGCGGGGGCGGGAAGGGCCCCCUUGGGUGUGGGGCUGA